CAUCGGUUUCAUUUUCGAGUAAUCGACGAGCGACGCACGUAUACGCACAGAUGGUAAAAUUUCCACAACUUGGUGCUCGCGAUGAGAAAAAAGGCACCGAACGAGCGCGAACGGAAGCCGCGCGCUUCAGUAAUCACGAUCCGAAGAACUUUCUGCGAGAAGAGGAGAUCCGACGGUAGUCGGUCAGUCGCUGAAAGUGCGUCGGUCGCGAUAGACAUCGUAAAAUUGAUAGCGACACGUCUAAGCUUAAUUUCUGUGCGAGAUAUACACGAAAGCAGACGGUAAACCAUCGGCUGAUUCGAAUUGUACUGCGGAAGAAGGAUAUCUCUUAUUCAAGCGCGUCGAACGCAGAGGGAAUAUAUUUCAGAGGGGUAUUUCCAAGCUUUUAUCCGGAGCUUUCUGGCUUUCAAGUCUCAAGUACCCUCCGACGUACAGGUUGAGCCACGUAUAUACCAAAAUAAAAUUUUAAAUAUUAGAACCCACCGCGGUCAAAAAUAGUACACACUUUUGUACCUCCAAGUACAUCCAGCCGUACGCUCUUACGUACGCGCACGUACACGCCCGUCCGGUGAAUUGUUUUCAACUAAUUUUUCGACCAAUAUUCACCCCGGUAAAACGUGGAAAAUGCCAUCGUUCGGGGACCUUCGGGGUUGCGUGAAAUUCUGACUUUUUUCCAUCCCUCGUGGUUUCGCAGAUCAUUGCCGCAUUGUUCAAAAAUCUUUUAGCGGAGAUUUUCUUCUUGUAUUUUUUCACUUUGGAAUUACGGAUGAUUUCGUAAUCGUGAUAAAGACGCCAGUAUUCGUUCGUUUAUUGUUAAUUAUUUAGUUCAUUCGAUCGACGGGGGCGUAAGAGAAAAGAAAUUGAGAGAUAUAAGUCGAACGUCAAUCGAGAAGGAAAAUGUACAAAUUAUUAGCCACUGCUUUGAUUGUUUUCUCAAUUUUACUCCCGCUGCAAAGUGUUCUUGCCGACGAAACAAUCGGCGAUAAUGUUGAUAAUCGCACCGCUGUCGAUGCCACUUUGAGUAAUAACGGUACCUAUAAUCGGGCUAAAAAAGCGCAGAUAGUACGAAAAUUGAAAAGAGAUUUCAGAAAAUUGAAAAAACAAGAGGGCGCUAUUAAACUCGUCGACGGAAGGGGUAAUUACGAAGGAAACGUUGAAAUUUUACACAAUGGAAAAUGGGGCAGCAUUUGCGACGACGAAUGGGAUUACAUGGAAGCGAAUGUCGUUUGCAGACAGUUGGGAUUCGAAGGAGCGAUCAAACAAACGACCAAUGCUCGCUUCGGACAGGCAAGACGUCGUUUUUGGAUGGACAAUAUUUACUGCGAUGGUACGGAAGACGAAUUGUCCAAAUGCCGUUUCGAUGGUUGGGGUCAGUCCAACUGUGAGGGAAGCGAGGCCGCCGGAGUUGUGUGUAAACACGAAGAAGAGGCUACGCCUCCGCCGACGCUGGUAGCCGCUAAGCCCCCGAAACUGAGGAUCAAAGACGUGCAUCGUCAAGGCAUGGCCGUACGAUUAGCCGGGGGACGGGUACCGAGCGAAGGUCGCGUCGAGGUCAAACUCGGCAACGACGACUGGGGACUCGUCUGCGGCGAUAGUUGGAGUUUGUUCGAGGCGGGUGUUGUCUGCAAACAAUUGGGUCUCGGUUACGCUUCGGACGCUAUCCAGACGAAUUUUUUUGGCGGUAAUCGAAUGCCCAUGAGCAUCAGCGGCGUAAGAUGUCAGGGUGACGAGCCGAAUCUCGCACAUUGUCUGCACGACGAGGUAAUCGAAUGUCCGGGUAUAGCGGAAAAUGUAGCGAGCGUGCUCUGCGUUCGUCAAAUAGCCGAUCUCGUGUUCGAUCAUACCGAAUUAAUGAGGACGGCGCACCUCGAAGACCGUCAACUCUAUUGGUUGCAAUGUGCGAUGGAAGAAAAUUGCGUCGCAUCCCAGGCCUACAAGAUCCAAAAGGAUUCGGAUAACUGGCACUUGGAAACGCGUCGUCUCUUGAGAUUCACGGCGAGAAUUCUGAACGCGGGAACGGCAGACUUUCGACCGUCGGUACCGAAACAUCUCUGGGAAUGGCACAUGUGUCACAUGCACUAUCAUUCGAUGGAAGUCUUCGCUACCUUCGACAUAAUCGAUUCGAAUGGGACGCGCGUUGCCGAAGGUCACAAGGCAUCGUUUUGUCUGGAAGACAAUCAAUGUCUUCCGGGAGUGGAACCGAGAUACAAAUGCGAGAAAUACGGCGAUCAAGGUAUUUCGGUGAACUGUACGGAUAUUUAUAAGCACAAUAUCGACUGCCAAUGGGUGGAUAUCUCGGAACUCGAACCUGGCCGUUACACCAUGAAGGUCGCAGUCAAUCCCGAGUUCAAGGUCGGCGAGAUGACCUUCGACAACAACGCGGCGGUAUGCGAGCUCUUGUACACGGAAACCUUCGCCUCGGUUCACAGCUGCAGACUGGAACGCCCCUAAAACUGAUUCGGAUACUUUUCUUUUAAAUUUACCUCCAUAUUCCGAGGUGAUCGAUAGUGGAUAGCAUAGAAAAAUUAUAUUUCAAAACUAGUCGCGGGUGAAAGGGACAGCAACAGCUGGAGGGGUGCUCCUGUCCCUUUCAUACGGACGGAUACCCUUGAUUCAAUUGUAAGACGUGAAUCGACGAUGUCGAAAAAAGUCAAUCAACGAUCAUCGUUCGAUCAAGGGAUAAUACGAGUCGAAGGGAAGACCCACGACGGACGCACUUUCAAUAAAUCCCAGCAUACACCUUGAGGAAGUUAGAAGAAGGUUAUCCCCACCACCGAACACCCCAGCCAGCUUAAUCUAGCCUAACAAUGACACGGUAUACCUAUCGCGACUAACGUAUACAAGGUGUACAUCACAUUUUCCCCGAUACCCGAGCGACUUGUGCCAUUUCGUACGCAGGCAUAGGCCGUAGGGUAUUCCGUGUCAAGUCGACCAGGUUCUCACUUGAUUCACUUCUCUUCUCCAUCUCGCAAGUCCUUUCGGAUUUGGUGAAAUCAUAAGGAGCAACGGAGAACGCGCCACGUACGGAGUUUCGAGUUGCUGCUACGACCUAAAAAUAUCGUUCGCCCUUUUUCGUCGAUCUAUUUAUUCGGCUCUUCGAUUUGUUCAGUUUUCUAAUUUUCCUCGUCGCAGAGUCGAGUUGCGACGGAACGCCCUGUAUACAACGCACUGCGGUAUUACCUUCAUCGUGACACCUGGUAAAUGGUUAAUUCAUUUAAAGCUUGGCAAAUGAGGCUUGCCAAGGUAUAAAAGUACGGCUUCGCAUAUCGAA